AUCUUGGCGUUGUAAGGGCGUCGUUACUGCGUGCUGUGCAAUGUGGUGUAUCGUGUAGGCGUUGGCGAGUGAGGGCGAGAAGACAAGACUGUUCGAUGAUGUGUUCGUGAAAGAUUUUUGAGUUUUCACUUGUAAACUCAUACAUGUGCUUUGCUUCAGUAGUAAAAUAACGCAAGCCGUGACGCUUCUCGGCCAUUUUGGUGUCAUCAUCGUCAAGUUCCGCGAUUUCCUAGCAACCAAAUUCUCAGUGAAGAGUGUCGUUAUAGUGCAUUGUAUUCCCUGUGUGUUCGAAGCCACUUACGUGUGAGAGAGAAAGAAAGAUUCCUUCGUAUAUACUCGGUAGUAUUGCAGGUGAAUCUCGCGGUUCUUGGACAAUUGAUCGAAUGAGCCGCGAGCGGCAUACCGGAGGAUAAAGUGUCCCAUCAAAAGCCGUCGGGACAAAUUUGCAAUUGUAUGCCAUGGAUUGAUUGUCGUCGGAGAGCCCUGCCUAUUUAUACUUGAUUUUUACACCUGCCAAACGUUUACACGGGAAAUGCAAAGAAUCUUAGAGAAUUUCGGCGCGGGAUGAUACAAUUGUUUUAUCGUUCAUUACCUGAUCUCAAGAACUAAGGAUCAUUUUUAUCGGAGCAUUAUCCGACCUUCAAAAAAGGAGUCAUCGCCCGACGGUGUGCAUACGUGGAGUUGGAUAUAAUAUAUCAUCUCUUUUUUUGAAAUGGAAAAAAAAAUGGAACAUGAUUAAAUUUGAUUUAUCGACAUUUACAACGUUUCAUAUAGUGAAAUAUUUUAUAAAAAUUGAACCGUCAUGCAUGACAACCAACAAAAUCUAUCACGACGUCCAUUAAAAUGUCGCAUUAACCGUCUGGAAUCGAUUUGAACGUCUGUGGAUAGUAAAGAACUCUCUCUCUCUCUCUCCCUCUCGCUCUGAGAUAGAAGAGCAUUAAUUCGAUAACGAUUACAAUCUUCGAUCGUGUCUUCCGGUGGAAACCGAUGAAGUUAAGUCAAAAAUAAAGUGAAUUUGUCCGAUAGCUGAGAACAACAGUCGAAGGUCAGCUGGUAUGUCAAAUAAUCAGCUGGUUGACUCUUGUUUACUGGUGAAUCGGCGGAUUGAGCAGAGACAGGAGCACAAUUUUACACGAACUGAAAUAACACAAAGACGCGUUCUUCAAGAAAAAGGCCCCGACAUGCCUCAAUAUACUGGACAAGGCGAGACUGACUACCAUGGAAGCAAUGGUCAGGCUGAUACACAUUCCCUGCAUUCAUCGCAUUUAUCAGUUCAAGAUGAUCCGCUGCUUAUACGAACUCAUAAGCAGCAAACCUCACAGCAAGUGACAACAGUAACGAAAGUUGUACGAGAAGUUUCACACAUGGAUCCGGAUCCAGGAGCCGUCAGUUACAUGUCAGUUCCUUUAAUGUCACAAGAAUAUCAACAUGCCGAUCCUCGAUAUGCUGCUGAUCCGUACAUGGUCAGUUUCGAUCACUAUGAUCCAUAUCUUGGUUAUCCACCUCAACCGGGAUAUCCUGGACCACAUGGCAUUUAUAUGCCACGAUCACAUUCCCCUCACAGCCCUCAUAGUCCUUCGGAACACAGUCGAGCAUCUCCUACACCACACGAAUAUUUACGAAAAGGAGCUCCGUAUGUUGAAAGCGGUUACAAUGAUAUAGAUCCUGGAUUAAAUCCAGCCUUGCAGGAUAAUUAUCGUAUUACACCUAGUCCGGGUGGUCCUGGAGAUCAAUACGAUGAGGGAAAAGUGGCCUAUGGUUAUGUGUCUCCGUCCCCAUACGGUCCAGUUGCUUAUGGUCCGAAUGUUGGAGUGGGAUCAGUGCCAAUGCCAGCUGAUGUUCCUGGUUAUGAGGAAGGUCAUCCUGUUCCAUUGAGCGGUGGCGUUCCACCUGGUAUGUUUGAAGAUGAAUUACAUCUUCAACGACUUCAAUCACGACAUCCAGUUGUACCCGGUAUGGCAAGUCCAUUAGAUGAUGAUCAAAAAUCAUUAAGAUGGCGCGAUCCAAAUUUAUCGGAAGUUAUUGGUUUUCUGAGCAAUCCGAAUAAUAUAAUCAAAGCGAAUGCAGCUGCAUAUUUACAGCAUUUAUGUUAUAUGGACGAUCCAAAUAAACAGAAGACACGCAGUUUGGGAGGUAUACCGCCAUUAGUACAAUUGCUUGAUCAUGAUAGUCCUGAUGUUUAUAGAAAUGCUUGUGGAGCGCUUAGAAAUCUUUCUUAUGGCCGGCAAAAUGACGAAAACAAACGGGCCAUAAAAAAUGCUGGCGGUGUACCAGCAUUGAUUAAUUUAUUACGUAGAACAUCAGACGCUGACGUUAAAGAACUAGUUACUGGUGUAUUGUGGAAUUUGUCUUCGUGCGAGGAUUUGAAGCGAUCGAUUAUUGACGAUGGAGUGACAAUGGUGGUGAAUAAUAUAAUUAUUCCACAUAGUGGUUGGGAUCCAAGUUCUUCCAGUGGUGAAACUUGUUGGUCAACUGUAUUUAGAAAUGCAUCAGGUGUCCUAAGAAAUGUUUCGAGUGCUGGUGAAUAUGCGAGGAAAAAAUUACGUGAAUGCGAAGGUCUUGUAGAUGCACUUUUUUAUGUUGUACGAUCGGCCAUUGAAAAAUCGAAUAUUGGAAACAAAAUUGUGGAAAAUUGUGUUUGCAUUCUGAGAAACUUGAGUUAUCGAUGCCAGGAAGUUGAAGAUCCAAACUAUGAUAAACAUCCUAUUCAGUCGACUGUGCAAAAUAGGGUAGCUGCUCCAACUAAAGGUGAGAAUUUGGGUUGUUUUGGUGGAAGUAAAAAGAAAAAGGAUGGACAACCCGUACAGAAGGAAACAACAACUGUGAGAACAACGUCACCGCGAACAGAGCCUGUUAAAGGUAUGGAAUUACUUUGGCAACCGGAAGUAGUACAAUCGUACUUGAGCCUUUUACAAUCGUGUUCGAAUCCUGAAACUCUCGAGGCGGCAGCUGGAGCUCUACAAAAUCUUGCAGCUUGCUAUUGGCAGCCCAGUAUUGAAAUUCGUGCUGCUGUUCGAAAAGAAAAGGGACUUCCUAUUCUCGUUGAACUUUUGCGAAUGGAGGUUGACAGAGUAGUUUGUGCAGUUGCAACAGCACUUCGAAAUUUAGCAAUAGAUCAACGUAAUAAGGAACUUAUUGGCAAAUAUGCAUUGAGAGAUUUAAUUCAAAAAUUACCAUCGGGAAAUAAUCAACAUGAUCAAGGAACAAGUGAUGAUACAAUUGCUGCUGUUCUUGCAACUUUAAAUGAAGUUAUUAAGAAGAAUGCUGAAUUUUCAAGGUCCCUUCUUGAUGCUGGAGGUGUUGAAAGACUUAUGAAUAUCACUAGGCAACGACAGAAAUAUACGCCACGAGUUCUUAAAUUUUCUGGACAAGUACUGUACACAAUGUGGCAGCAUCAAGAAUUAAGAGACGUUUAUAAAAAACACGGUUGGAAAGAACAGGAUUUCGUGACAAAAACAGUUGCUGCUCGAAAUUCUGGACCUAAUUCACCGAAUAAUGCAAAUAGUUAUGAAUGCAGCACUCUAAAUCGACCAAUGGCAAGUCAAGGCAGCACCAGGUAUGAAGAUAGAACCAUACAACGAGGCAACGCUAAUUCCAAUAAUGUCGGACGUUCCACCAUUUAUCAGUCUCAAAACGAGGAGAUCGCAAUGUCUGAUAUGCAGUAUCCAAAACAAGGAACACACGCACCACCCGCUGGAGGCGUUUGCGUAUUUCCUCCCAACCCACAACCGAAACCCGGUGAGCCGCUGUACGCGCAAGUUAACUUGGAGAAGAAAAAGAAACGUCAGUAUGAGCUGGGGGUGGGCCAGGGCCAAGUACAGGGGGCCCCGGUCGGAGCUGUGCAGGGGGUCGGUAUCGGAGGCACCGGCACACAAUGGAUCGGUGACGGUGUAGGCGUGGGUGUUGUGAACGUACAGGAAACUCCUGCUGCCACCGUAAAUGUACCCCCGAAUUCAACAGCAGUGUCCGCAGGAGACUCCUGGGUAUAACACGCUCUCGAUAUUUAAACAAAAAAAAAAAAAAAAACAAUUCUUUCCUUACAAUAAUAAGGGAGAAAAAAAUUUAUUAAUUGAAAAAACAAUAUUCUUUUUUGAGCAUUGAUCCAGCCAUAAUUUAAAAAAAAAAAAAAUCUUAUCACUAAUAUGAUAACGAUUUUUUUUUUAUAUGCAAACCACAAGUUUGACUGAAUAAUUUAGAGAUUUUACAAUCUUGCAUUUUAAAUUGAUUCUGUGAUUUUUUUUUAUUUUUGUUUUAUUCUCGUAUGAGGAUUAUUUUCUCUUUUUAAAUAAGAAUUUUUUUUGUUUGAAAUUCUAUUUAUUUUUACUGUAAAAAAUAUUUUUUUGGCAAUUUUUUUUUUUGUUAAAUGUUGAAUAUUUAUAAAUUUACAUAUCUUCAUAUGAGAAUUCUUUUUUUUCUAUUAAAUAUCUCGCAGCUAUAAUCGCGCACCGAUGGCUCUAAACUUUGCAGCACAAUUCUAAAUUAAUAUAUUACAUAUAUAAUAUAUAUAUGUAUUACAAAAAUGAUACUCCUGCCGAAAGCAUGGAACAUUUUUCUCGCAGUUUUUGCGAUUUUUGUCCGAAUGACAAAUUAUUAUUAUUAUUAUUAUAAUUGAUUGAAAAAAAACAAAAAAUUGCAAGAAAAACCGGAAAUACACGAGUAGAUUAUAGUCUAUUGCUAUAUUAUAAAUAUAUAAAAUAUAAAUAUAUAUAAAAAUAUAUAUAUUGUAUACACAAUUAUAUUGUAUAAACUUUUUGAGGCUGUGGGUGUGGCAGAGGAUGAAUGAUAACCUCCGAGCAACACUACUACGGCACUAUGUUAUUUAUAGCGUUUUUUUUUUUUUUUUAUUUUUUUUAAUAUUUAAAGACUCCAAAACAAUAUCUGAAAAUUUGUCCUACUUUUUACAAACAAAAAAAUUUUCCUUUAUUCAGGAAAAUAAUUUUUUUCACACAUCUUAGAAAAAAAAUCCUAUUUCAUACAUUGGGUAAAAAAACAUUUUUUAAAAAUGCAAUUUGUGUAGAAAUAAUUUUUAUAUAUUUUGUGUAAAAAUAAAUUUUUUACCCAGUGUGUAAGAAAUUUGAAAAAUAAAUAAAUUUUUCGAAAAAUAUUUGUUUAACACUGAUAACAGUAUCGCCAUUAACGAUGUUAACGUCGUAAAUACGUAAAAAUAAAAUAAAAUAAAUGGAUUUUAUGACGAUAAAAGAAUAAUGUUUGAAAUAUUUGAGAAUGUCUGAAAAAAAUAUCACGUGUAAAAGAAAAGUGAUAAUUAUAUUAUCGUUGUCAAAUCGUUAUUUAAAGCGAAUUAAGAGCCGAUAUUUGCAUAGAUUAUAAACCCCUGUUCUAUUUCAUGAUUAAUAUUAUUAUCAUAGUUGACAAUUUUCUAGAUACUAAAAAAAAAAAAAAAAUAGAAAAAGAAAAAUAGGAGGCGAGAGAUCCAAAAGUAGAAAAAAAAGAUUGUAUUUGAUGGAAACGAUUUACAUGUACACAUAUAAAAAAUAUAUCGUCGCACUUAGAAUUUAAGUUUCAUUUCACAAAAUGACGAUUGCAAGCGUUUUACUUUUUUGUUUCAUAUUUUAUGCCAAAAAAAAGUACAUUUUUGUAUUUUAUAAAUACAGAAAAUAUUAAAUUCUUUUUAUACUAAAUAAAUUUAAUUUAAAUUUUUAGCUUACAAUUUGAAAAAACAAAAAUUGCAAUCGGAUUUUUGUUUUACUGUAAAUCGUUCUUUAUAUAUAUAUAAAUAUAUACGAACUGUAAAAGCGAUUUUAGUGUUUAAAAAAACAGCAGUAUAAUGGCCACUAUUAUUUAUUGAAAAACAAAAAAAAUUAUAUAUCGACGCCUCAAUUAUAAAAAAAUAAUCACGAAUUAAGAUCUCGAUCCGUUUCAUAGUAUGAAUGAGCCAUAAAAAUAAAUUUCGGAUCAAUAGAUAUAAAUCCAUUUUCUUCGAUAGUUAAAUUAUAUUGACUUUCGAAGAAAAUUAUGACAUUCCAAAAAGAAAACGAAAAAAAUACAAGUGUAAAAUGAAAACAAAGGAAGCCAUAGCAGAUGAUAUUACAGAAACUACAAUUAAAAUUAUUUCCGAAUUAAAAAAAAAAAACAUCUCUCGUAGUUAAAUUCGAUUCUUAAAAUAUCAAAUAAAAGUUUCGUUAUGUGAAAAAAAAAUGAGAGAUGUUUUUUUUUGUCACAAAUGAGGAAAAAUGAAUUAAGGAGUUUUUGUAAAGCGAUUAUUGGUAAAUUUUUUAUAAACAUUUUUAUUUUCUUUUUUUCUUCUCUAUAAAAAUUUUGUAAACCGAAUUUAUAUAAUUUUUUUACAAAACUGCUUUGAAAAAAUUGUACAGUAGACAAAAUGAACGCUCAAGAAAACAUAUUCAAUUCUUCUAAGCAAAAAAAAAAAAAAAAAAAAAAAAAAAAGAAAGAAAAGAACUUACAAAUCGCUUUAGCAAAUUAAGAAUCAUUCGAUAUAGUUUCAAGAAAUAAUAUUAUUUCUUUCGCCCAUUGUACUAUAAACAUUCGCCUUUCUCUCCAUUUUGUCAUAUAAUUUUUUUAUUAGGAUGUCUCAUAAAAAAUUAAUAUAUCAAUUGAAUUAAACUAAACAUUAGUUUAAAACAAUUGAAGAAAAAAUUAUUAAUUAAUAUUAUAAACAGACGAUGUCAUUUUAUCUGACGAGAAUUCGCUAGUUUACAAAAUUAUUCUUUAGUUUCAAGCUUCAUAUAAUCAUAAAGAGAAUAUUUUUUUUAACGUCUUUUUUCAUAUUAAUAUGAUAAUCUCAGACAAUUCUAAAAAAAAAUCAAGGCUCUAAAAUCACAGGAUUCAAGUAAUUUUUUACUCUGACUUUUUCAGAAAAUUUAUUUUUUAUCAAUAUCAUAGAAUUGUUUUAGAAAAGUUUUAUUUCAUAUAUAUAUAUAAAUAUUUUAAAAUUUUAUUGCGCAUAAUAGAGAGUAAAAUCUCCGUUAUAAUGAAAAAACAGUUCAAAAAAAAAAAAAAAUUUAUAUUAAUUGAAUGCAAUUAAAUGAGUACUAACUUUUAAAUGAAAUAAUCUAAAAGAAAGUCAAAGAGAUAUUUUCUAUAUUAAUUUUCUCUUAGCAAGUUUUAUUCUUUUAAGUUUUUAAUUUCUUGUUAAUAAUUUAUUUUUUUUCUCAUAAAUUCUUCCAAGAGAAAUGAAAUUUUAUUCGAUUAAAUUCUAAAUGAAUUUCGUUGUGUGAUAAAUAUGUUAAAAAGAUGAGAAAAACAAAGUUUGAAUUUUUUUUGUUUUAAAAAGAGAAAGUCGAGCAGUGCAUAUUUUGUGAGCUUUUUUGUUUUUUUUUCAAAAAUGUAUAUCAUUAUAGAGACAUUAAAAAUAAUAAUAAUUAUAAAAAAAAAAGAUUUUUGCACACUGUGACAAUCUCGAAUUAUUACGGGGGAACAAAUCAUUUUUUAUUAACAGGCAGCCUAACUGUGUGCACGCUAUUUUUAUAUUAGUUGCACUAGUAUUUCUCAAAUUUUGAGCGAGUCUUAUAUUACCAUGUGUAUAUAAAUCUUCAUUCUCAUGACUUCGUAAACAUUAUAAAUAUAAAAAAGAAAACAAAAUGAAAAUGAAAAAGAAUUACAAAUGAAAAACAAAAAGAAAAUCCAUUAGAAAUGAAAGGGAAACCCCAAUAUUAAUACGCGACGAGUUAAAAAAAAAAAUUAACUUUUUUUUCCAAUUUUGAAAAUAAAUUGAUUAUCAUGAAUUAAUUUUGUUUCAAAUUGCUUUUUUUAAAUUAAAAGUAAAAAAUCUCUUUAAAUCAAAGUUUCUUUGAAUUCAAAAUUUUUUUUUUUUAAAGAAAACCUUUUCUUUGUAACAGAAUUUUUUUGGCUUAAAGUAAAAAUAAUUUAUAUUUUUACAGAAUAAUUGGCAUAUUUUCAAAUUUGUGAAAAAAAAGUUCAAUUUUUAAGCAAUCGCUAAAAAGAAGAUAAAAAAUGAUGACGAAAAAAUAAAAAGAAUUAAAAACCAUAUAUUGUCAUUACGUAUAAAAUAUAUGCGUAAUGCAUAAUAUAACGAAUAGAAAAAUAAUAGUUUACUGUUCCACAUACGCAUAUUAAAUAUUAAUUAAAAACUGAAGUAUAAAUAAGCAUGGGUGUGCAUCAUAGAUGUAUUUCAAAAAAAAAAGAAGUUUCAACACGCAUUUAGUAUUAAUUAUUAUUAUUAUUAUUAUUAUAAAAUAAUAAUAAUAAUACGAUAAGUCGUUAUUAAAUUUUGAAUGUGAGGGAAUUUUUUAAAAAAAAUGAAAUAAACUGAUUUUUUUUUAGAUUUUUGAUACAUAUACAAAUAUUAUAAUUGAAAUAAUUAAGUACGGUUAAAUUUUGAUCGUGUUUUUUGUGAUAUUUCUUAUUUAACUCUAUAUGUAAAUCAAAAUUGUAUAAUUGUGAAAUGAAGAAUGAUUUUUUUUUCAUGACAUCUUUUACUUAAUAAUAUAAUAUAAUAAAUAUAUUAAUUACCGGUUUUACGGUUUCAAUAGACUUCCGUUUUUUGUAUAGUUUUUUUGCAUUUAGCUCUAGGUUAUUAUUAUUAUUAUUUUUUUAAUUCUUUUUUUAAAAAGCAAAUCGUGUAAUGAUAAGUCGUAAAUGACUUUCAAAUUAGCCUUACGACGAACAUCAAUUACUAAAUAUGUACAAAUAAAUACUAAUGAGAUAGUCGUCGUGUAUUCAAGUAUUUCAUAAAAAAAAAGGCAGACUGAACUUUGUAAUUUUAACGACCACCUGUAAUGCGUGAGAUUUCUUGUAACUCAUAAUUAUUACGCAAGGGUAUAUAAAUAUGAUAUAUAAAUAUAUAAAUAUAAAUAUUAUGUUGAA